AUGGUCAAGAAGAAACAGAAUCCAAAUCGUAUCAAUUACCAGGAAGGUAUCAUCAAUGAUCGCUUGUUGCAGGUAAGAAAUGCCAGCCUUUCUAAUGACCCCCAAGUGAAAGUAGUUUGGACUGUGAAUAUACGCGCUCAAGACAGCCAACAAUUUAUCCAGUUCAUACGUGAAAGUGUUCAGGAUCAUGACCCAAUUGCCUUCCAACAUAUCAAAAGAAUUAAGAAGAGUGAACAAGAAGGGAUUUUAACCGUCAUCGUGUGCUCGAAAACUUUCGUUGAGCAACAAGAUGACUUUCUCGAACUCAUGAAAAAGUCUUCUCUCGACUACUUCGAUGUGACCGACAGGUCCAUAGUACCAUCGGCAGCACCUUCUACAAAGGAGCUGAGCUUAGUGUGGUCAACAUUGUAUUGGCCUCUUGUAUGGCGCGGCAAUCCCAAUGAUCAGACAAUGAAUGAGUACGUUUUUGAUAUGCCAUUUAUUGAAAAUAUGCUGGGCGCUAUAAGCAAAGAGGCAGCUAGGCGAGCUCAGAAUACAACGGAGCAGCCCAUAGUAUCAGCCUUCGUGAACCCUAAAACAAAAAAAGUCAUAUAUAGCACUGAUUCUCGGUGCAGUUCCUCACCUCUAGAUCAUAGCAUAAUGCAAGGGAUAAGAUCUGUUGCAGCCUCAGAACACAAACGCCAAAUGAUUGAGAAGGAACAGACAGAGGAUGAAACCUACCUAUGUCUAAAUUUCGACGUCUACACCACACACGAGCCGUGUUCAAUGUGUGCGAUGGCUCUUAUACACUCUCGCAUCAAGAGAUGCAUCUUUCUGCAGCCCAUGCAUAGGACGGGUGCUCUGGAAAGCCAAAGUGGUGAUAGUUACUGCAUACACAACAAUCAUGCGCUUAAUUCCAAGUAUGAAGUCUUCAGAUGGUUGGGUCAGGAAUAUCCAGUGCCGGAAAUUGAAAACGACAUAUGCUGCUAG